GGGCGGCCCGCCCCGGAGCGCCGGUGCCGCCCCCGGUAUAAGGCGGCGGCGGCGCUUCCGUGCCGGCCGUGCGGAGCUGCGGCAGCCCGGGGAGAGGCAGGUCGUGCGGCGGCAGCAUCAUGCGCGAGUGCAUCUCCGUCCAUGUCGGCCAAGCCGGCGUCCAGAUGGGCAACACCUGCUGGGAGCUGUACUGCCUGGAGCACGGCAUCCAGCCCGACGGGCAGAUGCCCAGCGACAAAACCAUUGGCGGAGGGGACGACUCCUUCACCACCUUCUUCUGCGAGACCGGGGCUGGGAAGCAUGUCCCACGGGCCAUCUUUGUGGACCUGGAGCCCACUGUGAUCGAUGAGGUUCGGGGAGGAGUCUACCGCCAGCUCUUCCACCCUGAACAGAUGAUCACUGGCAAGGAGGAUGCUGCCAACAACUACGCCCGUGGGCACUACACCAUCGGCAAAGAGAUCAUCGACCAAGUGCUGGACAGGAUCCGGAAGCUGGCUGACCAGUGCACGGGACUCCAGGGCUUCCUCGUGUUUCGCAGCUUCGGAGGAGGAACUGGCUCUGGAUUCACCUCCCUGCUGAUGGAGCGACUCUCCGUUGACUAUGGCAAGAAGUCCAAGCUGGAGUUCUCCAUCUACCCUGCACCACAGGUCUCCACUGCUGUGGUGGAGCCCUACAACUCCAUCCUCACCACACACAGCACCCUGGAGCAUUCAGACUGUGCUUUCAUGGUGGACAAUGAGGCCAUCUACGACAUCUGCCGCAGGAACCUGGAUAUUGAGCGCCCGACCUACACCAACUUGAACAGACUCAUCAGCCAGGUUGUCUCAUCCAUCACAGCAUCGCUGCGGUUCGAUGGAGCUCUGAAUGUCGACCUGACCGAGUUCCAGACCAACCUGGUGCCCUACCCUCGCAUCCACUUCCCCCUGGCCACCUACGCUCCUGUGGUUUCGGCUGAGAGAGCUUAUCAUGAGCAGCUGUCGGUGUCUGAGAUCACCAACUCCUGCUUUGAGCCGGCCAACCAGAUGGUGAAGUGCGACCCCCGCCAUGGCAAGUACAUGGCCUGCUGCCUGCUGUACCGCGGGGAUGUGGUGCCCAAGGACGUCAACGCCGCCAUCGCCACCAUCAAGACCAAGCGCAGCAUCCAGUUUGUGGACUGGUGCCCCACGGGCUUCAAGGUGGGCAUCAACUACCAGCCACCCACGGUGGUGCCGGGGGGGGACCUGGCCAAGGUGCAGCGCGCCGUCUGCAUGCUGAGCAACACCACGGCCAUCGCCGAGGCCUGGGCUCGCCUGGACCACAAGUUCGACCUGAUGUACGCCAAGCGAGCCUUUGUGCACUGGUACGUGGGCGAGGGCAUGGAGGAAGGGGAGUUUUCUGAGGCACGGGAAGACAUGGCCGCCCUGGAGAAGGAUUAUGAGGAGGUGGGCCUGGACUCCUACGAGGAUGAAGAGGAGGGCGAGGAGUAAAGAAGCCCCUGCCAAAAAGGACCGUGCUCCUUCUCUGUGUUACCUGCAGAAACCCUUUGCAAUAAAGCAUUUCAGAGCC